ACUUUUGAAUAUUAAAGGGCAAGGAGGCAGGAGGAGAUUUUUAACUGGGACGCUGAAGUGCCGCUGUUCUGCCGUUUGUUGCUCCUUCACCUCUCUUUUUUUCUUUUUUGUCCUCCUGUGUGCUGAGGCAGGGGUCAACUGAAUGACAAACGAAAGGGUCGCUGUCCUGGAGAGCGAGAGAGAGAGGAAACGAGUGAUAGGAAGAGAGGGAGAAAAAGAGGGAGACGCUCAGCUGUGGGGCAAAUGGGGACUUGGUCAGAGGAGAAACGGGAGAGAGGGGUGUGUGUUUAGGAGAAGGAGGGUGGUGGGGGGAGCGGUGGAGACUCAGUUGAGGGGGAGGGGUAAGGGGUGGUGGUGAAUGCUCUUCUCUCUGUCGUGCAGGCUAUAUGCUUUGUAAAGGCGGCGGACGGGCAGACUGCCUUUUGUCUGUUCCUGGUUCCGGGGCCCGAGGAAGUUGAGGGCUACAGAGAUUUUGUGUGUCAACCAGCCACCCCUCUCUCUUCUACAAUGCAGAGUAGAGUACAGCCUUUCUCUCUCUUGCUCUUCCACAGCCUACUACACAGCAUGAAGGGCACAGGUGAGCAUGUCUGCAGAUUCGUUUGGCGCCGGGGGCAGCGAUGCCCAGCAGAGCCUACAGUCGUUCUGGCCACGCGUCAUGGAAGAGAUCAGGAACCUCACGGUGAAGGAUUUCCGCGUGCAGGAGUUGCCUCUUGCCCGAAUCAAGAAAAUCAUGAAGCUGGAUGAAGAUGUGAAGAUGAUCAGUGCGGAGGCUCCAGUGCUGUUUGCCAAGGCAGCUCAGAUCUUCAUCACAGAGCUCACGCUGAGGGCCUGGAUUCACACUGAAGACAACAAGAGACGCACCUUACAGAGGAACGACAUUGCCAUGGCGAUAACGAAGUUUGACCAGUUUGACUUCCUUAUCGACAUUGUGCCCCGGGACGAGCUCAAGCCCCCCAAACGACAGGAGGAGGUGCGUCAGUCGGUGGCCCCAGCAGAGCCGGUUCAGUACUACUUCACCCUGGCUCAGCAGCCAGGCCAGGUGCAGGGCCAGCAGGCCACUGGACAACAGGCUACCACCAUCCAGCCUGGACAGAUCAUCAUUGCACAGCCACAGCAAGGACAGGUGCUGCAGGGGACCACAAUGCAACAGUUACAGCAGGUGCAGGUAGCCCAGUCACAGGGCACACCUAUCACGGGAGGGGCUCCAAUGACCAUGCAGGUGGGAGACCAGCAGGUCCAGAUAGUACAGGCGUCGUCCCAGGGCCAGACCCAGACGGUGCAGUCAGGACAGACCAUGCAGGUCAUGCAGCAGAUAAUCACCAACUCCGCAGAGAUCCAGCAGAUACCAGUGCAGCUGAACAAUGGUCAGUUGCAGUACAUUCGGCUGGCACAGCCUGUCUCUGGCACACAGGUGGUUCAGGGACAGAUCCAGACGCUGGGUAACACUCAGCAGGUACAGAUUACACAGACAGAGCAAGGCCAGCAGCAAUUCAACCAGUUUACUGACGGACAGCAGUUGUAUCAGAUUCAGCAGGUGAUGCCGGCAGGACAGGACCUGAGCCAGCCGUUGUUCAUCCAGUCCACCAAUCAGACGGCUGAUGGACAGGUCACCACACAGGUCAGCACAGACUGAGGCUCUGGAAGCAUCCUCCUGACCACCAAACCAUUGACCACACCACCUGCUACCAUCCAUAAGGACAACACUGGCUCAAACGCCAAGGGACCUCCUAGGAGGCGUCCAAAAUGGUCAAAAGUAGAGCCCAAUAUAGAGUGCCAUUUGGGGUGUACCCUUACUCUCAUUCAAUACACUGGUCUAUGACAUGAUACCGGUACUUAAAAGGAACUGUCUGACAACAAUAGUUCUUAAUUCAGUAUACUGGGUCAGAUACCAGAGGGACUGCUCUACAACUCCCUCUCAUUCCCAUUUAAUAUCGUCUCUCUCUGCCUCCGUUAGUUCCUCCAGGCACCCACUCUCACCUGAUACGUUCCCCAAAAAAGCCCCCAUUCAUGAGAGCUACACACAGGGUAUCCGAACACUGAAUCCUCCAGGACCCAACUCUCCUCUGUUUUAGUGACCAGCUGUUCAUCCUCAAUGUCUGUAAACCCUUUAUGUACAAACCUCCUCUGUAUAUUCUCUGUCUCUCUGUGAAGUACACCAUAUGGGUGGCUCUUGUGUUCUCUAUGGGUACGUCCCAAGUGGCUCCCUAUUCCCUAUACAAUGCACUCGUUUUGACCACAGUCCAAAGGGUUUCGGUCAAAAGUAGUGCUCUAUAUAGGGAAUAGAAUGCAUUGGGAUGCAUCCUAUGGAAGGCUUGGCCCUUGUUUUGUCUACAAGCCAAGAGAACAUAAAUCCUUUGUUUGUAAUGUUUUUAUGUGUAGACGUUUCAAAUAAUAAUCUAUAAAGCCAUACUCUUACCUAACCCAUUUAUUUCACAAUAAAUCAUUGUCAAUUGUACGAGACCAGCCAUGAUAGGUCAAUUAAGUUAUGUUAGUUUCUGGCAGGUUUUUCACAUUGACGAGACAUUGCCAUCGAUGAAAGGGCUUCUAACUGUAUGAUUGAGUUUGAAUUUUGUAUGUAUGACCUCCGUGUGUGUGUGUGUGAGUGUGUCAUUCAAUAUUGUGCAGUUACUGCAGUAUACUUUCCCCAUGGCCCAGUGAUCCUAUUCACCUCUUCAGUGCCCCCCCCCCCUCUUCUCUGUUUCCUCUUCUAUCCCCUCUCCGUCUCUCCAUUCAUUUCCACUGAUCUAUCAUUGUUAGAGCAGGAAUUGGUUAGACAUUUCUGUCUCUAUGCAGUCUCUUCUUUCUCCCCUUCUCUCGUUUUCUUUCUCUUUACUGUUUCCUGUAUCCAGAGAGGUUUGUGGUUCUCCUGCCUCCUCUGAGGAAGCCUCCUGUAUAAAAACAACUCCACUGGGAGAAAGGCCUCUUUUUAUAAACUCUUAUUUUGAAAUCCUGUUGUAACUUGUCAACGUUAAUGAGUUUUUAUGAUCACCCCUCUCCCUCCUCCCCUUUCUUAUUUAGUAAGUUUAAUUGUUAUCAUUGCUGUUCUUAUUAUUGUCUAUUUGCAUGUAGUUUAAACUGCCAGCAUGAUAUGCAAUAGAUGGGUAGACAUUCUAUUUCGUAAGCAAACUUUGGGUUUGUGAGAAAAUAAAAUGCAAAUAAAAAACAUUACAUGCCA